CUUAGACAGCGGUCUUAGAAAAAGGAAGCUUAAUAAUACACAAGGAUAGGUUUUGGAUUUUGCCUGCGUGCUGCCUGCAGACGCUGCGUUCUGCUGCGUUCAGGGCACGCGCUAUAUGAAAAACUGGAAUAGUUCCACAGAAAGAAAAAGUUAUAGGCAAAUAGGCUUUCUCUCCCCACUUCCCUCCCCCCUUUUCUCCAUUGUUAUUUGCUUGAAGGCUUCUUUGCUCAUGUAAUGCACUCGCUCACCCAGGAAAUCAAAUCCUUCUCCAGGACUAAUCUGAGGAAACAAUGCACCCGAGUAACGACUCUAUCUGGGAAAAGAAUUAUAGAAACCUUGAAGGAUGCACGGAUGCAAGUGGUGGAAGUAACUGAUUGUAAUGACGAGAAAGCCUGCGGUUACGUGCAAGACCUGAGCCUGGAUCUGCAAGUCGGUGUUGUUAAGCCCUGGCUGCUGCUGGGAUCACAAGAUGCUGCUCAUGACCUGGAGACAAUGAGAAAAUACAGGGUUACCCAUGUUCUAAACGUAGCCUAUGGAGUAGAGAAUGCCUUCACCAAUGACUAUAUAUAUAAGAUCAUCCCUAUUCUUGACCUGCCAGAGACUGACAUUGUCUCCUAUUUCCCUGAAUGUUUUGAAUUUAUUGAGCAAGUCAAAUUAAAGGAUGGUGUGGUGCUAGUUCACUGUAAUGCAGGAGUCUCCCGUGCGGCAGCUAUCACUAUUGGCUUCCUAAUGCACUCAGAAGGACUCAAUUUUGCCAGGGCUUUUUCUUUGGUGAAAAAUGCAAGACCUGCUAUCUGUCCAAAUCCUGGCUUCAUGGAGCAACUCCACAAAUACCAUCAGUGCAGCAAUAAAAACAUGGAAACUUAAACAAUAUAUAAUGAUGAACCAGGAAGAAUUAACCUUUGUACUUGCACUAAAAUGAGAGAAGCAGUGAACUUUUUUGACUGCAUUGUUAAUAGGAGAUGCCCAGAACUACACCUCUAAAAUGGUAGUUGUAAACUUACCUUCACUCUAUUUAAUGUAUAAUUUUAAAUUCACCUCACCUCAAAUUAAUUCUUCUGCAUUUUUAAUUUUCAAAACAAUGAAUUAUAACAAUAAAGAAUCAACAUGGA